AACUGCUGUUAAACCAUGGCGAAGCGCUGGGGUGUCACCUCUUUAGUGGCACUUGCAUUGCUAGCAUGCUUAGCUGGGACAGAGGUGGAAGCUCAGGGCCAAGAGUCAUUGAUUCCUUCCAUAAAGUCCCCUCCACUACUUGAGGUUCAACUAGCUGCCCCUCCAAUACCUACCCAUCAACAAGCUGCCUCUCAACAAGCUGCCCCUCCUCCACCUGAAACCCAACCAGCUUCCCCUCAACUACCUGGCGCUCCACAAGCUGCCCAUCCACAAGCUGCCUCUCAACAAGCUGCCCCUCCUCCACCUGAAACUCAACCAGCUUCCCCUCAACUACCUGGCGCUCCACAAGCUGCCCAUCCACAAGCUGCCUCUCAACAAGCUGCCCCUCCUCCACCUGAAACUCAACCAGCUUCCCCUCAACUACCUGGAGCUCCACAAGCUGCCCAUCCACAAGCUGCCUUUCAACAAGCUGCCCCUCCUCCACCUGAAACUCAACCAGCUUCCCCUCAACUACCUGGAGCUCCACAAGCUGCCCAUCCACAAGCUGCCUUUCAACAAGCUGCCCCUCCUCCACCUGAAACUCAACCAGCUUCCCCUCAACUACCUGGAGCUCCACAAGCUGCCCAUCCACAAGCUGCCUUUCAACAAGCUGCCCCUCCUCCACCUGGAACUCAACCAGCUUCCCCUGAACUACCUGGCGCUCCACAAGCUGCCCAUCCACAAGCUGCCCCUGCACUACCUGAACCCCGACAAGCUUUUCUUCCACCACCUGAACCCCAACAAGCUUUCUUUCCACUACCUGACAGUCGACAAGGUUUCCUUUCACUACCUGACAGUCGACAAGGUUUCCUUUCACUACCUGACAGUCGACAAGGUUUCCUUUCACUACCUGACAUGCGACCAGCUGGCCCUCCACAAGCUGCCCAUCCACUAACUGACACCCGACCAGCUGCCCCUCCACGACCUGACAACCAACAAGCUUUCUUUCCACUAACUGACACCCGACCAGCUGCCCCUCCACGACCUGACAACCAACAAGCUUUCUUUCCACUAACUGACACCCGACCAGCUGCCCCUCCACGACCUGACAACCAACAAGCUUUCUUUCCACUAACUGACACCCGACCAGCUGCCCCUCCACGACCUGACAACCAACAAGCUUUCUUUCCACUAACUGACACCCGACCAGCUGCCCCUCCACGACCUGACAACCAACAAGCUUUCUUUCCACAACCUGACACCCGACCAGCUGCCCCUCAACGACCUGGUGCUCCACAAGCUGCCCCUCCACAAAAUGGCGUUCUACUACCUCAAUUACCAGUCCGUCCACCACAGAGAGGUAAAACACCUGACGCUGCACGACGCAACUUCGGACAUGGCUAUGGCCAUCACCAUGGUUAUCACCACCACGGCCAUCAUCACGGCCAUCACCACGGCCAUCACCACGGCCAUCACCAUCACGAGAGACAUCACCAUCAACAUAACCACCUCCAUGUCCCCGGCUUUCAACACAAUCAUUACUCCCAUGAUCUUCACUUUGAACAGGCGCAGCAGAACCCAGCAGACUUACAGACACCAUUGAAACCCAUUUUCACAAACAGUCCUGCCCAGAGUUGUGAUGUGUCUAAAAACACAAGAAUCACAUGUGGACCUUCUGGUAUCUCUACUGAGCAAUGUGAUGCCAUAAACUGCUGCUCUGAUGGAGGACAUUGCUAUUAUGAAAAGGCAGUGACCGUUCAGUGCACCAAGGAUGGCCAGUUCAUUGUCGUAGUGGCGAGAGAUGCCACUCUGCCCAACAUUGACCUUGAGUCAAUCUCACUGUUGAGCAAAGCUCAAGGCUGUACACAUGUUGACUCUAAUUCAGAGUUUGCCAUCUAUAACUUUGCUGUUACCUCAUGUGGCACCGUUGUUUCGGAGGAGGCUGGUGUUAUAAUCUAUGAGAACAGAAUGUUCUCCACAUAUGAAGUGGAAACCGGGCGUCGUGGAGUCAUUACCAGAGACAGUCAGUAUGAAUUGCUCUUCCAGUGUCGGUACAUCGGCACCACUGUUCAAACUGUGGUUGCAGAAGUAUCACCGUUACUAGAUCCUCCUUUAUCAGUUGCUGCUAUAGGACCCAUCAGAGUAGAGCUGAGGUUGGGUAAUGGACAGUGCAUUUCAAAGGGUUGUAAUGAAGAGGAUGUGGCCUAUGCUUCGUACUACACUGAUGCCGACUAUCCCGUGAGCAAAGUACUGAGGGACCCUGUGUACGUGGAGGUUCUACUCCUUGAGAAGACAGAUCCCAACCUUGUCCUGACUCUUGGUCGCUGUUGGGCGACCACAAGCCCCAACCCUCACAGUCUGCCCCAGUGGGACAUUCUGAGUGACGGGUGUCCAUCCAGGAAUGAUAACUACUUGUCUUCAAUGGUUCCAGUCGGUCCCUCCUCUGGUCUGGUCUUCCCCAGUCACUACAAACGUUUCCUUUUCAAAAUGUUUACCUUUGUUGACCCUCGUUCAAUUACACCCUUGAAUGAACAGGUGUACAUUCACUGCAGUACAGCUGUGUGCACUCCUGUAAGGGGAUACUCCUGUGAACCAAUAUGCUACAGAAAAAGGAGAGAUGUCGUGGAUGUGGCCCAGACAAGUUCUGAGCCAAAGGUUGUGGCUUCUGUAGGACCAGUGAGCAUGAGUGCCUCUGUGGAGUAAGCAGCAGUGUCGAACUCAAGAAUUUGGCCGAGUUCAUGAAGUAAAAGAUUUGCAUAUUACAUACUGUAUAUUGUAAUGAUUGGAAAAAGAAUACAAAGUGUGCUGCAAGACGAAUGAAAUUGAUCCCCAAAAAUAUUGUAGACACAUUUGUAUUAAAAUAUAUUGGCUUUGA